UUAAUAAAUAACACUAUUUUCUAAUUAUUUAUUUCUAAAACACAAAAAACUAUGAUAAAGUUGUGGCUGGCUUUAAUAAUAUUUUAGAACCAGCGAAUAAUAAUUCACGGGCUCUUACAGCAGUAUAUUCGUAAGUUAAAGCAAAAGGUUUUCCUUACAUUAUUAAUAUUUUAGCGAAAAUGGAAAAUUACUUCAAAGGAAAGAAUGUAGAAGAACAAAUGGAACGGGACAAAAUACCAAUAAACGGCCUUCCUGUUGAUUUCUUAUGGAUGCAGGUAAAAGGAGGCAGUAAAAUGACAAAUUUACUAUCACAUGCAUCAGGGAUUUUAGAGGAUAAAGCUACUACCCCCAUAGUUUGGAGUGGGGCUGGGGUAGCCAUUUCUAAGGUGAUAUCAUGUGCUGAAAUCUUAAAACGAAAAUUUUCAUUGAAAUAUCAAGUAACAAAGCUGACGUUUAAGAGUGUAGAGGAAUAUUGGGAGCCCAAACUUGAUGGUUUAGAAACAAUUGUUGUUAAGAGGCAAAUUCCUGUAAUUCAUAUUUUACUGUCAUCCCAAGAAAUAGAAGACACCCAGCAACUAGGAUACCAGACAUUAAAUGGAAAAUCAUUUUGGGAAACAAACAAGUCUUUUAUCAAGCAGAAUCAGGCGCAAAAAACUAAGAAACAUUUUAAAAAUAAGACAAAUAUUAGUAAAACCAAAAUUACAGAGAAUUAAUUAAAAUAAUUUUAUUUUUCUAAA